AUGGAGCCCGCGGCCUCCGCCUCCUCGUCCUCCCCGUCGGCGCCGGCGGAGAGGCGGAGGGCGGAGCCGGAGGCCGCGGAGCUGAGGCUGCGGCGGAAGACGCUCGAGACCGUGCUGGAGCAGUGCCAGCGCGCGCUCGAGCUCAUGCGCGAGCCCGACGACGAUCUCCCGGCCGGCGACGACGCCUUGCCUGGGGCGGGUGAUCCGGACGAGGCGGAGGGGGCCGGCGACGCGGAGGGCACGCCCACGACGCCGCCGUCCGACGCCGACUACGAGACGGACGAGCUGUGUAAUCUUCUCAAAUCGAGGGUCGAAUCGCCUGAAUUCCUUCAAAAGCUCGAUAACAUUCAGAAGUCGGUAUACCAAAAUGGAGCAGUAGAUGAGACCAUAUCAUGGGAUAUCGUAAGCGCCGCAGAUAUAUGGGAUGACAAGAAUAUGAAUGUCAGCGAUGAUUCGGAGGAUGGGUAUGUUCUCGUUAAGCAGGAGGAUAUAGUCGAUGGGAUUGCGUGCUUCAUGGCUGCAUACUUGCUCUCACUCAAGGAAACUAAGGAAUUGACGCCCAAUCAACUUCAAGAUGCCCUUAGCAAGACAUUUUCAACUAAAAAGAGAAAAGGGAAACUUCAGAAGGCAUGGGCUGGAACACAAGUUAUUUAUAAUGUAGCGUCAUGGAGUGCAACAGCUAUUGGUAUCUACCAGAAUCCGGCAAUUCUAAAAGCGGCAACUGCAGCCUUUUGGACAUCAUGCCGCGUGGUAUCCAAGUUCCUGUGAAUAGUCCCAUGUCCUGUGCUCGUGAUCAUGUACACAUUGUUUGUUAUGACUUCCCUGUACCUCCAUCACGGGAAGUGUUGUUUUCAAACACUGUGAUAUGCCUGUUCUGCCAUGUGAC